UAGACCAAAGCAGGCGCUGAGAGAUGUUUUUACACUGAGUGAUAUUUUCAUUUACCGACGCUUGAUCGCGGUCCUGCCUGGAUCCUCUGGUUGUUUAAAACACACUGGGGUUUCAGAAGAAGUACAGUCGCAUCUCGAACAUGCCAGUUACUGUUUUUGUUUUGUCUUAUUGAUUUGUCUGUCCGGCUAGCAGACUAGCACAAUGAGCGCUGCGAAAGAGAUCAAGCAGCUGCAGAAAGCCAAAAGCAAAGCGCAGAUCUCUAAUAACCUGAAGGAGGAGGCCAGUCUGUGCAAUCAGCUCGGAGAACUUUUAGCCAAGAAUGGUGAUUACCAGGCGGCCAUAGAGGAGCAUCGGCAGGAGCUGGCGCUGUCCGAGGCUCUGCGUGACGUCAUCGGCUGUGCAGUAGCCAAUCGGAAGAUAGGAGAGUGUUACGCGGAAAUGGGAAACAUCGAAACUGCUCUGAAGCAUCAGAGACGCCAUUUGGAUCUUGCUCGCUCUGUAAAUGAUGCAGCUGAGGAGCAGAGAGCUCUGGCCACCAUUGGUCGUACCUAUCUCUUCCUUCAUGACUCCGAUCAGUCCCGGGACAGCCUAAAGCAUGCAGAGGAUGCUUUCAAGAAGAGCCUGGCUAUACUGAAUGGCCGUCUAGAAGGCACUGUUUCAUCACGGGAGCUGAGUGAAAUGAGAGCACGCCUGUUGUUGAACCUGGGCUUCGUGUUUGAUGGCUUGAAAGAACCACAACGCUGCAGCGAUUUCAUCCGCCAGAGCAUCUACAUCUCAGAGAAGAACAACCUGCUGGAGGAUCUGUAUCGUGCCAACUUCAAUCUGGGUAGCAUUCACUUUAGGAAUGGACAGCACUCUCUUGCUAUGCGCUGCUUUGAGAAGAGCAAGGAGUGUGCACGGAAGAUGAGUGAUAAGUUCAGCGAGAGUGAGUGCUUCUACACCAUUGGCAAGGUUCUUCUGAAUCUGGGAGACCUGGUGGCAGCUCGGCGCUCUCUGAAAAAAGCUUAUCGUCUCGGCUCCCAGCAGCCUACAGAGAGAGAGGCAGUCAAGAGGGACCUGAGAAUUUCAAUCCGUGGCUGUCAGCUGGAGGAAGCUAUGGCAUCUGUCAGUAACCCCGUCUCCCAGGAGGCUUUGGGUCUUGCAGAGGGUCUGGGAGAUCUCUAUUGCAAAGUGGGCUGCUAUACUAAAGCUCUGGAAGCUUAUCAAACACAGCUGUCCUGUGCUGAAAAGUUGGGAAAGCCUGCUCGAGAGCUGGCUGUUAUUCACGUUUCUCUGGCAGCCACUUAUUCUGAUCUGCGACAGUUCAACAAAGCUUUAGAACACUACAGACAUGAGCUGAAGCUGAGAGAAGGCAAUGCCAAAGAGGAGUGUGAAACAUGGCUGAACAUUGCGAGCUGUCAGGAGGAGCAUGGUGUGAGCCUGGAUGAGGUGGACAGCAGUUACACUGCUGCUCUGAAUUGUGCUGAGAGAGCAGCUCAAAACAAACUCCAGAGACGUGUUCUGAGGGUGUGGCUGCAGGCGCAAAAGCGUUCCAGCUCCUCAGGCGCUCAUGCCACAGAGGCCCGUCUCCGGGAGCUGAGUGAGGCCAAUGGCUGCCGGUUGGAGGACAGUGAUGAAGAUGAGGAGGAAGAGGAAAUGCAGAAUAGUGAACCUCUGGACAGUGAUAUUCAGCUUUCAGAUUCUGAUGAUGAUCUAGAGGGUUAUGAUAAGCUUGUGACUGGCAGGAGAAAAACUGGCAGGUGGAACCGACGUAAUGAGAAGGGUGAAACUGCACUCCAUCGAGCUUGCAUCGAGGGCAACUUGAAACAGGUUCAAUUUCUGGUAGAGCAGGGUCAUCCACUAAAUCCCAGAGAUCACUGCGGCUGGACUCCACUGCAUGAAGCCUGUAACCAUGGCCAUUUAGGGAUUGUAUCUUUGCUGUUGGACAAAGGGGCGAACAUAAAUGAUCCUGGUGGUGCGUACUGUGAUGGGGUAACUCCCCUGCAUGACGCGCUGAGCUGUGGCCACUUUGAAGUAGCACGGCUGCUGCUGCAGAAAGGGGCCUCAGUUAACAUCCGCAAUAACAAGGGUGACAAACCUUUGGACACCUUGCGACAGUGGUUAAAGACGUAUGGUCGUGAACUCGACCAGGAAGCACGACAGGAAUGCUCAGAAACGGAGAAAAUCCUGAAGAGGGUGCUGGCAGGAGCAGUGGCAGCUGUGCCUGUGACUCCGCAGCCUCUACAGGACAGUCAGCUGUUUGAUGCUGAGUGCUCAGAGCCACUGCUACAGCAGACUGAGUCCCAUCCCAUAUCCCAGAAUGCUUUGAUCAAUGCACAUACCCCUCCAGAGGCCAGUACUCCUCCCAGACCAAGGCGAUCCACAGGCCCCCGCCAUCAGCCCAGAGGGACUGAGGAGAAUGUCCUGUUUGGGAAUGAGAGCAGCUCGUCAGAGCACUCGGACACUGACAUCAGCCCGCUGCGCCCUGUGCGGCCUAGACCUCGCUUUGCUGAUGUCUCUCCAUUUCCACCAGAAGUUUGUAGCACCCAGGAUAUCCCUAAUCCUCAUGAGGCUAGAGUGACAGAGUUGCCUUCGCAGAUUCGCUCUGGCAAAGAGGAAUACCAUAGGGCUAUGCAACACCUGGGCAGUGCAAAGUCUCGUCUUCUCUCUCAGAGCCUGUCAGAGCCGGCCUUCAGCAGUACGCCGGCAGUAUCCACCAAUCACAUGUCAGCUUUAGUCCCUGAGGAGCAUUACAUACAAGACGACUGGCUGGAAGAUGAUUUGGGGAGCGCUCAGCCAAAAAAGAAACGGAGGGUGGUCUCAGAACAGGACAGCAGAUGGGACAGUGCAGGAUCUAGAAAUCAAAACCGUGCAUCUGGAUCGAUAGAGACAUCUGCUAGAGGUCAGCCAUCCUCCAGCAGGAGUCUUUCUCUAAAAAAGAAUAAUAAAGCCCGACAAGUGAAGAUGAGCCAGCUGCCAGGUAUGGUGAUGCUGGGCAGAAGAGAGGUCACCAGAUCACCCAGUCCCAUCAUGACCCCUGUUAAUGAGCCCCCAGAGCUUGGACGGCCACAUCCAUACAGCACACAAGCAAUGCCACAGGCUGUUCCUCAAAACUCAGCAGCUCCAAUGCCUGCACCAAUCAGGAUGAGAGUCAGAGUUCAGAACAACGUCUUCCUGAUUCCCGUCCCACACAGUGAAGCUGACUCCUGCACAGUGUCAUGGCUGUGUGAACAGGCUGCACAACGUUACUAUCAAACCUGUGGGCUUCUUCCACGUCUCUCGUUGCAGAAGGAGGGUGCUCUGCUCUCACCUUCUGACCUGCUGCUGGCUGUUUUGCACACCAACGAGGAGGUUCUGGCAGAGGUGUGUUCCUGGGAUCUGCCUCCUCUUCCAGAGCGGUAUAAGAAAGCUUGUAAGAGUUUAGACGUUGAAGAGAACAGCCGUGUGUUACGGCUCUGUGAGGUGCAGGAUGGCUCUCCUUACGUGUGUGUAUGUGGUCUUAGUCUGACUCCAACAAGUCUGUCUCCCCUACUUCGAGCUCUCAAACUCCAGAGCAGCCUCACGGAGCUCCGCCUUUCCGCCAACCGCCUUAAUGAUGACCUUCUUCCUGAGCUCAUCUCUGCGGCAAUCACCAUGCCUCGCCUUCGUCUUCUUGAUAUCUCAGCCAAUCAAAUCACAGGAGACGGCAUGAAGAAGGCAGCGGGUACACUAGAGGGAAGGACUCAACAUGCGUUUCCGUGUCUUGAGGAGCUGAAUUUAAGUAUGAAUCCUCUUGGAGAUGGCUGGUCUCAGGCUUUGGCCUCGUUACUGUCUGCCUGUCCCCUCCUGGGUACGCUGUCUCUGCAGGCCUGUGGCCUUACCGCUCGCUUCCUUCAGCAACACCGGCUCCUGCUGGCCAGUGCUCUCACAGGCACCGGUAACUUGCGGUCAGUGUGUCUGUCCCAGAAUGCAUUGGGCUCGACAGGGUUUGAGUUGGUGUUGAAGACAUUGCCACUACAGCACCUCACACACUUGGAGCUUAAUGCUGUGUGUAAAGGUCCCUCAGAUCAGCCUGCUCUGGACCUCCUCAGCAAACUUUUCACACAGGGUGACUGUACACUUACUCAUCUAGCCCUAGCUGCAAAUGGCCUGAAUGAUCAAAGUGUCAGAACAUUUACAAGGUUUCUUGCUCUUUGUCCUUCCCUUGUGUCUCUGGACCUGUCAGCUAAUCCUUCUGUUACUUCAGCCGGACUUCACAGCCUCCUUAAUGCUCUUGGAGAAGCACAACGUACUUUGACUCAUCUAAACCUUCAAGGUUGCCAGGUGUGCGGACCGUGGGACCCGUUGUGUUUGGACAGCCUCGCUGAACGCGUUCAGGAUCUGCAGCUAUGCUCUCAAAGACUUAACAAGCUGGAUCAGGAGAUACUUCGGCGAAGCUGGCCAGGCCAUAUCUUGUCCCGCAACUCUAAGUGCCUGCUCAGUAUUGCUUCUGAUCUACGCUGACUUGCACUGUAGCAUUUGUGCAGUCACUCUGCUUAACCUGAACUGAACUGGGCCAGCCCCAAUACUAGUGUUUUCCCCUGUUUUUUCUAUGACUUUUUCCCUACUUCCACUUUAUAUUAAAUCACUUAUUUUUCAUACAUUUAUGUAAGAUAUUUUUCAAUUGUUAAGUGUAAGUCAAAAUAUACUGUGUGUUGCAGAAGCAGUAAAGGCCUUUGUGCUCCUCUAUGGCAAUAUAGAAUCUAUGUGAAGCAUUUUAUGGAUUUACCUUAUUGAUAAGGAUCCUGUAUAAAAAAUGUACUAAUAAAUACAAAACUAUAUGUGUAUUAGUGACAUUUAUUCAGCUGCAAACUGGACAGUGUAACAGGCAAUACUUUUUGUUUAUACUUCUUU